CUCGCCUGUCAGUCUUGCCCCCAGCACUUCCGGCGGGAGCUCCAUAGCAACCGAGGCCUCUCCGAGCGACGCGGUGGUUGAAGCCUCCUAGGCGGCGGGGCCAAUGGCAGAAGUAGAGGAAACACUGAAGAGGAUUCAAUCACAUAAAGGAGUGAUUGGAACUAUUGUUGUAAAUGCCGAAGGCAUUCCUAUCAGGACAACUCUUGACAACUCCACUACAGUACAAUAUGCAGGCCUCCUUCACCAACUCACAAUGAAAGCAAAGAGUACAGUGAGAGACAUCGACCCCCAGAACGAUCUGACCUUUCUGAGAAUUAGAUCAAAGAAACAUGAAAUCAUGGUAGCACCAGAUAAGGAGUAUCUUCUGAUUGUAAUCCAGAAUCCAUGUGAAUAAAAACCAACCCGUUUACUGGAGCAGCUCUACAAAAUUUGCCAUAAAGAUAAAAAGUCACAACAUUCCACUAUGAAAAUUGUCAGAAUCAAAGCCUUCCAAAGCAGCCACCUUUUUCUGCAUCUGGAUUAAUGAAAAUGUUUUUCUUACAUUCUUCAGGACAAAUAAAGUCAAAAGCUUGAAA